AUUUAAAGGCGCCGCAUUGAGAAGGUGCUCUUGUCAGCACCGCGCCCGGUUCAUCCUCAGCACCGCGAGUCCCCGCAGCCGCCGCAGACAUGUCUCCGAGGAAGUUUUUCGUGGGGGGGAACUGGAAGAUGAACGGUGACAAGAAGAGCCUGGAGGAGCUGAUCACCACCUUGAACGGCGGCAAGAUCAACGCGGAGACAGAGGUGGUCUGCGGCGCACCCUCCAUUUACCUGGACUUUGCCCGGCAGAAGCUUGACCCAAAAUUUGCAGUAGCCGCACAGAACUGUUACAAAGUGUCUAAGGGGGCGUUCACCGGUGAGAUCAGCCCUGCCAUGAUCAAAGAUGUCGGCGCCACCUGGGUGAUUCUGGGACAUUCCGAGAGGAGACAUGUUUUCGGGGAAUCUGAUGAGCUGAUUGGCCAGAAGGUGGCGCAUGCUCUGUCUGAGAACGUCGAGGUGAUCGCCUGUAUCGGAGAGAAGCUGGAUCAGCGCGAGGCUGGAAUCACAGAGAAAGUUGUGUUUGAGCAGACGAAGUUCAUCGCAGAUAACGUGAAGGAUUGGAGUAAGGUUGUCUUGGCGUAUGAACCAGUCUGGGCCAUUGGUACUGGAAAGACUGCAACCCCCCAACAAGCCCAGGAGGUGCACCUAAAGCUCCGUGAUUGGCUGAAGUCUAAUGUCUCUGAACAAGUUGCCCAGUCAGUCCGCAUCAUCUACGGAGGCUCAGUCACUGGAGGAACCUGCAAGGAGCUGGCGUCCCAGCCUGAUAUUGAUGGCUUCCUGGUGGGAGGCGCUUCACUGAAGCCAGAAUUCAUUGAGAUCAUCAACGCCAAGCAUUAAUCUGUCCUGUUCUCCUACUGUUCCCGUCUCAUUAACGGUUUAGCAGUGUUGUGACUCUUGCGUCCCUCAUUUACAUGUCCGGUAGGCCCUUGGUGUGAGCCGCCUCGUCCUAGGUGACUCUGUGUGGUUCAUCUGUAAUAAAGAGAAAAGUCUCAGUCAAA